AUGUCCCAAUCCCAGCAGCAUUUCCGAUCCUUACCUUAUCUCUCAGACACUUCGAUGGAUAUUCAGCAGUCAUUACAAUCAGGCAUAUCCGACACCUCGACUUUAGAUCAGUCUAUUCAUCAUGAAAAGGAAGAAGACCCAGAAUCCAAUCAGACGAGUCUUAUGGCAUGGUUUGAACUAGCAGCUUUAUGUGCUUUGGCAUCGUCGUGCUCCAUAAUGUGGUUGAGCUUCUCGGUUGUCACGGAUGUUUCGGUCGUAUGGUUGAAUGUCGAUAUAUCUUCGGUCAGCUGGUUAGGAAACGCAACUGCGCUCAUGUACAUUUUUACUAGUCUCAUCACUGGGUGGUUUUUCGAAAAAUACGGAGUCAAAAACAGUAUGCUGGUAGGCGCUCUUUUUAACAUGGUUGGCACUUGGGUUAGAGCCAUAGCUAUUAUCUGCCCAGCCGGAGCUAGAUUUCCGGUAGCCAUGAUAGGACAGUGCAUUGCAUCACUGGGGCAACCAUUUGUUUAUAAUAUUACUACCAAGUUUGCUUCGGUAUGGUUCUCAAUUCAACAUAGGGGAACAGCCAACACUAUCCUUACCAUUCCGUUUGGCGCAGCAGUCGCUACGUUGUUGAUACCAGUUGUGUGUAAAUCGGCAGAAACGUUUCCAUACGUGCUGGUGGGCGCUGGUAUUUAUUCAACCAUCGUAACUAUACCAUUCCUCAUUUUGCCCGCCCUACCUAAAAGUCAACCGUCUGUAACAGCUGGAACAGAACGAACGCCAUUCCUGAAAGGUUGCCGUACCUUAUUUUCCAGCUUGAAUUUCUGGUAUCUAAUGAUCAUCUUCUGUAUGGUCAUGGGUCUUGAGACUUCGAUUCUCACCCUUUUGACACCAAUCAUGCUUCCGUACGGCUAUACGAAUAAUCAAGCCGGCAUAGCUGGUUUUGUCAGACUAUUCAGUGGAUUCGUUGCCGGAACUAUCACUGGUCCUCUAAUCGACAAGACUGGCCAGCAUUUACUCAUCCUGCGUCUCUUUGUGCCUCUCUUAUGUCUCACUUAUGUCAUGAUAUACAUUCAAAUUCUCCCGAAUGCCCUUUGGGUUUUCUGUAUGGCAAACCUGUUGAACGGCUUAUUCACCUUAAUGCUGCUCCCUGUUAUCUUAGAGCUGGCCAUUGAAAUUACUUACCCUGUCUCUGAAUCCCUCAGUACGUCCGUGCUAUGGGCAUCGUCUCAAAUCAUUUCUUUCUUUAUUACAAUCAUUAUGGACAAACUUCGCUCGGGCAGCAACACAACACCACCUAAUAAUAUGGAUAACGCACUGUUGUUUGCUAUGAUUCUAGCGUGCGUUGGCGGCUUGCCCAUUUUGGGAUUUAAAGGAAAAUUAAGAAGAUUAGCUCAAGACAAGAAGAACAGUGACCAGAUAGCCAUAAGAAAAUCUGUUCAUGAUGAAGAACAGCCAAAUCACGAAUAA